AAAAGCCCUUAAAGUGCCUUAAUCAAAGCAUGAAGAACUGCUUCUCCCACCCCAUUCCUCAACCCAUUUAAAGUGCCUGUUCACCCCAAGAUUGGCCAAAACAAGUGUGCAACAACUGUGGGACCAUUUGACUUACGAGGAAUGUUUUUCAGCUGAAUCAGAGUUUGUGAGCGACGCUGAAGCUAAAGCGAAGAAGCCUGCGGUCAUCCGAGCAUCAUGAGGAAGAAGUACCUGUUCAUCAAGCCAACAUGCGUGAGCGUCUUGGUUAUAAUCAUCUUGUGGUGGCGGCCCUUUGACAGACUCAAACUGUGUGAAGAUAGCAGGGACAACCUGUUGAAGCGUUACAACAAAAACUGGACGAAGAAUGACGACAACCACCAAAACUUUACUUCCGAGCUGAGCGCCGCGUGUCAUGGAUUCGAGAAAGCCAUCGUCACGCAGGCCAACACGCCCGUCGGAAGCAGAUUUGAAUACGAUGGCGAUAACAGCUCUCUGCGGGUGACUCCGAAGAUGUUUAAAACCUUCAUCAAAGAGCAUCCUUUCUCCAAAGAGAAGUUCGCUACAUGCGCCGUGGUUGGCAGCGGCGGUAUCCUGAUACACAGCAAGUGCGGGAAAACCAUCGACUCGGCGGACUUUGUGUUCAGGUGCAAUCUGCCACCUCUGAACGACGAGUACGGCCCGGAUGUGGGCGUCAGGACCGACCUUGUCACGGCCAAUCCCAGUAUCUUCGAGAAAAAGUACGAGUUUUUGACGGCACAACGGGAGAACUUUGUGGAGGCACUCCAGAGUUAUGGGAAGGCCUUGGUCUUCAUGCCUGCCUUCUCCUACAGCCAGUACACGGCACUUUCCAUGUGGGCCGUCAACACGAUGGAGGAAUUCGACAGCCCCACUCGCGCUGUCUUCUUCAAUCCGGAGUACCUGCGCAACCUGAUCCAGUUCUGGAGAGACAAGGGACUCAGGUCCAUUCGUCCCUCCACGGGCUUCCUGGUGGUCAGCCUGGCUCUGGAGGUGUGCUCCGAAGUGCAUCUUUACGGCUUUUGGCCGUACAGCACUCCCCCGUACGGACGCCACACGCUCACCAAUCACUACUAUGAUGACGUGAAGGUCAACGCCACGGCUCACGCCAUGCCUGUAGAGUUUGACCUACUGCUUGAUAAGCACAGCCAGGGCGUGCUCAAGCUUCAACUCGAGGAUUGUCCGGCUGACAGAAAAUAACUCUUUAGCACUGCUAUUGCUUCAUGAAAUGUAUUAGCACACAUGAAUAUAAUUACACCUACAUGCACACACAUAGCCAGACAAGUUCAAGGGGUGUCGCCAGCUUGCUUCCCCUUUCCCUUUUAGGGCAAGACACCGUCUGUUGCUAGGGCCAACCCCCAAAUAAAAAGAAAGGCCGCGGGAGGGGUAGGUUAGAGCAAUUUUGGUGACU